AUGGCGGCCGUACGCGGCCUGCGAGUGUCGGUGAAGGCGGAGGCCCCGGCGGGACCGGCCUUGGGGCUCCCGUCGCCUGAAGCGGGUUUGGACCGAGGCGAACCGGAGCCCAUGGAGGUGGAGGAGGGUGAACUGGAGGUCGUGCAGGUUCGGCGCUCGCUGAAGGAACUGAUCCCGUUCUACCAGUUUGACACAAGCAGAAGAUAUGAAAACAAGGCUGGCAGCUUCAUAAUCGGAAUUGAUGUCACCUCCAAGGAAGCGAUUGAAAAGAAGGAACAGCGAGCCAAGCGCUUCCAUUUUCGAUCAGAAGUAAAUCUCACCCAAAGAAAUGUAGCCUUGGACCGAGACAUGAUGAAGAAAGCAAUCCCCAAAGUGAGACUGGAGACAAUCUACAUUUGUGGAGUAGAUGAGAUGAGCACCCAGGAUGUCUUUAAAGAAUAUCCUCCGGCUCACAUGGAGUGGUUGGAUGAUACCUCCUGUAAUGUGGUUUGGUUGGAUGAAAUGACGGCUGCGAGAGCCCUUAUCAAUAUGAGUUCUCUGCCAGCCCUGGAUAAGAUAAGAAGCAAGGAUGCCAAUGAGGACAAGUCAUCCGAGAAAAGUAAAAAAGACAAGCAGAAGACAGUUCUGAUGAUGAUGAGGCUGAAGAAGGAGAAGUUGAAGAGGAGAACUCAAGUGAUGUAG